AUGCUUCCGUUUCGACGAUCAGGUUUAUGGAUGACUAUUAAAGUUGUUCUACACACUAUUCUGCAGGAAACUUAUCAACACCCAUGUCGAAAAUUAAAAGAGUAUAUUGAUCAACGGCGUUCUGGUGAAUCCAGCAGAUACUAUUUUGAUAGAUUUGGUUAUAGAUGUUUGGAAUCUAAUAGAGUUGCUGAUAGAGACGAUGAUUUACCAAGAUUCUUGUUAACUAAUCAUGAUGAAGACUCUAUUGGAAUAGUAUUAACACGUGCUGAAAUAUGGAUACAAUACAAUUUAGCAGCCUGGAUAGAUUCAUCAUUACAAUCGGGCAAAGGAGAUCAAACAUUUGAAAAAUUACAAAAUUUUUAUGAAAACUAUCAGAAUGCUGCUUUAAAUUGGUAUUAUUCAAAAAACAAAUCAAUUGAUCCGAUUGGCUACAGUCGAUUUAUUUUAACAUCAUUGACAAUAAUUCGUUUAAUACACAAAACUUUAUGCGAAGAUGGAAGAUUCCAAAGAUUGAAGCUGCAUGCUAUUAGAAUUCCGAAUCUGCUCGAAUUAUUCGAAUUUUUAGUCUUACCAAAUCGAAAUGAGAUGUUUCAAGCUCGAACUUUGUAUGAUUACUUUCAAGAAUUCAGUAAAAAAACAUAUCCAGAUCUAUUAAGUAAUAUCGAAUCCAGGCAUUCUUUCGGUGUUCAAUUUGCUGAUCAAUCACCGGAAAUGAAUGAGACUCUAGAAAAAAUUCAAGAGCAAAUCGAACAAGAUAAAAAGGACAAAACCGAAGAAGUAAAUAAAGCAAAAAAGAAAUAUGAAGAAUUGAUGAAAGAAGUCAUUGAUCUCAAAUGCGAAUGCGAAACUGAUGUCAAGUUGUAUUAUAAAAAAUGUGAUCGAUGCAAGUUUGAAAGAACAGCGAAUAAUAUUAAAGUUGAUAUUUAUGAAUGUCCAAUACCAUCUGAGCGAGAAAGUGCAUUAGCUGUAAUUUUCGAAUUACAAAUGCCGAAUGAAAUCAGAUGCUAUCGAGAUAUCCUUUGGCUAUUUGCUAAUCGUCCUAAUCCAAAACCAUCACAUAAAAUGUACGAAUGGUUAAGCUCUAGACCUCAUGGUAGCAAACUAGCGAUGUUUUAUAAGGGUCCUCGUGACUGUAAAGUACAAUUGUUAUCUGCGAAACAAUCAUUGUCGGAGACACAUUAUUCAGCUCCACGUUCAAUCGCAUCCACACCACUAGAAGAAUUUUUCUACGAAAAUAGUUUACAAGUGCAGAUCACUCCAACAAGACCGACGACACUCCAGGAUGAAUGUCGAACUUUAACACCUGAACUAUCGGAUCCCAAUUAUAAGUCAUUACAAUUUUCUAUCGAAAGUACUCAAUUCGUACAAAAUAAAACCAUUGCUAAUUUAUCAAAAUGUACGCUACAACUAAAACCAAUUGAAUUCUUAGAGUUUGGUUCAUUUCGGUCUGGCCAUCGUUUACAAUGGUGGAAUCUUUUGAGCGCUCUAGAGACAGAUUCCUUAUCGAUAGACGAAGAAAGUGUUGCAGUUCUUAUUACACAUGCACUGUUGCAAAAUGGGCCCUUCGCAAUCGACGGAAAAGCACUCAUAUACUCAUGGUGUCCAGAAUCACAUCAACAACUGUUAGAAGAUCAUUUUGUUGAUGAAUUAAUUGUGAGAUUAGAGCGUCAUUUGAAAGAUUUCGAAUGCAAUUGGCAAAAUGAAUUGGUUUUAAUUAUCAUAACAGUGGUUGUCAUCCGAAUAUUUACUAUUUGUAAUUCAACAAGAAAACAACGUAUGAUUGAUCUCGUUUUAAAAUGCCGUAAUACAGGUGCAAAAUGGAUUCAACUUAUCUUAAAAAGUAUUCAUAAUCCAUCAUCAUCGGAUUCGAAUAAAAUGGAUGCAUUACGCGAUAAAAUUGGAAUUAUCGGCAUUGCAUGUUUGCUCACAUUCUCUGUAUAUACAGACGCUAGUCAUUCGUUAGAUUUAUCCAAUGACGAUGUAAUGUCGCUACUCAACAUGGUCACAACUGUUCAUGAUAAUCUUAUUCUAGGUAAUAAAAAACUGAAUAUGAGCGUAUUUAUGAGAAAUCUGAUGCGUCAAAGUGAGCGCGUGUUGGUGAGUAUUCAUCCCAUGGUUAAAAAGCUUCUGGAAAAAAAUUCAUAUGAACUUUUAAAUGAAUUUGCGUCUAUAUAUUGGGCAGUUAUCCGAACUAAGGGUAAAGCCGAUGGCAAAUGGAAGAAACGAAGCGAGAAUAUAUAUGAUGGUUGGUACGAUGGUCAAUAUGAAUCAAAUAACGUAUCAAUUGAUUGUUUCAAUGGAAAAUUUGUAGUUAAUGACCAGAGUAUUGGAUUUUUACCGAAUAAUAUCACUUCUGACAAGUUAUUUCAACGUGUAUUUGGUAAUCAUAUUUUUGAAGUACAAAGAGGUGAACAAGACGAUACUUAUAUCACAAAACAUGGAUAUCAUCACGAUGAAAAAGUUCAUUAUGAAUUCAAUCGUCAAAACUAUUGUUUGAGAAUCUACGAACAUCACGCACAGACGAAUGACAGAUUUGAAUUGAUUCCUCCCAAAUGUUUUGAAGACGAACUAGCUGAAAUCUUUGUCUCAAAUUACAGUCAUUGGUGGAAUGAUAAGACCAAAAUAGUAGAAUUUCGACCUGUUCACUUUCAACAUGAGAAUUUUUUACAUGAUAUUCAUUACAUAUUAGCAAUUAAGAAAGGAUUUAUUAGGACAAACAAUACUGAAAAUAGACAAUAUUUAAUUAAUCGCUCAUCAUCAUUUUUCAAGAAUUUAUUUACAAAAUAUUUUAUUCGUCUGGACAGUGAACCCUAUGUAUACAUGUUAGUAGACAAUGGCAUUAUUAACAUUCAUUUAUCUCGAUUAGGUAUUGCAUUUAAAUACAGUCCACAACACAAUACAAUAACAUCACGUGAAUAUUCCGAUAUGCAUGUCGAUGAAAAUCAAUGUUUCGGUACGUUAACAGGUUUAAGAUCGGGUCUUCUACUUUCACCCAUGGCAACUAUUGAACACAAAAAUAGGCAUCAACUCUGUCGAAAACUGAUUGUGCCUUAUGGAGAAAUUCGAAUAAGUAAAAAACCAGACAGACAUCAUCAAACCGUGACAAUAGAUCGAACAUCAGAAUCUAAGUCGCCAUUUCUUCAUCAAUACUUUGUUUUUAUUUUGAAUGAUCGGUUACGUAUUCUGCAACCGACCGAUAGCCCAACAGGAUGGUUGUAUCUGGCAUUAUUACACGCUGUAACAUCUCAUUGUCUACCGGAUCAAUAUACUGGCAUGACUGGAAUGGAACGUUCAUUUGAAUUGUUAAAUUCGGCUGGUAGUUGGUCUGAUCAGCCUUUUGAUCCAGUUUGUCGACAAAUUCUUCUUCAAAUCGCCAUCAUUUCACCACAAGUUAAUUAUUACUCAGAAAAUAAUCAAUCCAUGGAAAAGAUCGAAUGGAAUCCUGACUAUUUACCUUAUUCAUUGCAACAUUUCGGCUAUUAUUUAAUAGCCAAAAAGCUAUUAGAAGCUAGUGAAGAAUGGAAUUUUAUGUAUUCAACAUCAGCCACGCCCAAUAACGAUGAACUAGAAAAAUUAUUUAAAACAGAUACAAGCGUCGAUCAAAAACUUCUCGAAAGUGCAAGAUUAAAAUUUAUGCAUCCUCAUUCUGAUUAUUUUAUCAAACCAACCGCAUGUGUUCGAAUCACGAAUGAGAAAAAAGAAUUUCCGAAGGAAAUCUUUCCUUCAACAGAUUCUCAAGUCAACCUUAUCAGCGAUAUCGCCAAGUACUUUAAAGAACACUUAGCAGAAAGUUGGAAUCAAUUUAAUAUGCUUGAAGAAUAUCGAAAAGAAUACCCGUCGUUGAAUAUCAUAGAAGGAUUUCUUCAUUCUCUUCGUCAAGACUCGAGGCAAAGCUGGAGUGAAUUAGGAAAAUCUAUCAUUUUCACAAAUCAACUACUGUUUACAACAGGUUUAGCAGUACGAUUUCUUCCAACAACGUUGUUAUCGGUUUUCCAUCAAACAUGGUUGAACGGAACUGAAAUCAAUAGUAGAAAUGCUCCGGUAUUAGUUCUCACUCCUGAUCAACGUACAUUGCUUGGUGGAAUCAUGGUCAAUUGGGUUGUAGAACAACAAAUAGAACGAGCUUUACACUUCGGUUAUCAAAAGAAAUGGGAAGACUUUGAAAGAGAAAUAUCAAAUGUACCACACGCGAACUGGGUGCCAUCACAAAAUCUACCAUGGUUAAUAAUCGAGCUUGAAAUGAAUAUUACCAUUCGAGAAAUACAAGUUGAGGUAGCACGCCAUAUGACUCAGCCCAUAAUGAAUAACAAUGAUUUCAAUAUGCGUAAUACCGUUAUGCAACUGAAUAUGGGUGAAGGCAAAACUUCCGUAAUUGUUCCUAUGCUAGCUCUUAGUUUAUGUUCAUCGUCGUCAAGUUUAGUUCGUAUCAUUGUAUUAAAAUCUUUAUUUCCAACAAACUAUCAAUCAUUACGGCACAAAUUAGGUGGCUUAUUAAAUCGACGUGUACUUUCAUUUGCAUGUCGUCGUGAUAUGAAUUUUAGUGAAUCGCAAGCAAAUCAGAUUUUCAAUCGUCUGCAAUAUGGAUUAAGUCAACGUGAUGUGGUUCUAACUUCACCAGAAGAUAUUUUAUCGUUUGAUUUGCUUACUAUAGACAAAUGUCGACGAAAUGAGUUUGAUGUUGGCCGGCCAAUGUUAUCGACUCAACGUUGGAUAAAAACAUACGUUCGUGAUAUUCUAGAUGAAUCCGAUGAAAUUUUGCAUGUUAAAUACCAAUUGAUUUAUUCAAUUGGUGGUCAGAAACAAGUCGAUGGAGGUUUAGAACGUUGGCAAACUAUUCAAUCAGUACUCAACUUAGUUAAACAACAUGCUACAAGCAUCGCAACAGAAUUCAACGAUGAUGUUUCAUACAAAGUAUCAGAACGUAAAAGUAGUUUUCCAGAAUUUCGUUUACUUAAUCAUCGACCGUUUCUAGAGUUAUGUAAAAGAAUUGCAAAGGACUGGCUAAAUCAAAAAAACUUUCGUCAAUCAGAUGAAGAACUUAUCUUACAAUUCAUACUUGAUAUAAGUGUACCAAUUACAUGUCUAAAAGAUCGAUUUCCUUAUAAUAUAAUUCAGUUAUUUCUCGUCAUGCGAGGUCUUCUAUCAUCGGAAGUUCUUUUUGUUACAUUGAAAAAACGCUAUCGUGUCAAUUUCGGCGUUAAUCCUAAUCCAAAAUUUAAUCGUCUAAUGGCCGUACCAUUUCGUGCGAAAGAUGUUGCAGCAGAAAAUACAGAAUUCGGACAUCCAGAUGUUGCUCUUGUUCUAACACAAAUUUCUUAUUAUUAUAGUGGAUUGAGUGAUUUACAGUUACGUCAAUGUUUUGAUCGUUUGAGUCAGAAUGAAAAUGAUCCGGAAGUGAUAUAUAAUGAAUGGAUUUCACUUGAAGAAGACAAUGAUACAAUUGCACGUAUUAAACAAUGGAAACAAGUCAAUCUAAAAGAUAAACAUCAACGAACUGAACAACUCUUUCCAACUUUCCGACGAAAUAUGCAAGUUAUAAAUUAUUUUCUCAAUAAUUUCGUCUAUCCUUAUGAAUCAAAACAGUUUCCUCAUAAAUUAAUUGCUUCCCCAUGGGAUUUAUCUUCAUCUGCACGUAAGAAAAUAAUGACUGGAUUUAGUGGUACUAAUGAUACACAGUUAUUAUUACCGGUCCAUAUCCAUCAGUGUGAUUUACCAGAACUAAAGAAAACUGAUGCAGUCGUUCUUAAUAAUUUGCUUCAACCGAAAAAUGAACAUUAUCAAGAUUUGCCUAUUGGUGCAAGUUCUGAAGAGAUUCUAAAACAAAUUGUUAAUACUGAACCAAUGAUUCAAGUUAUACUGGAUGUUGGCGCAUUAUUUAUUGAUGGAAGUAACCGUCAAAUAGCCAUUAAGUGGUUAGACCUCUCGAAUAUAAAUAGAAUAGAUUAUGUUGUAUAUUUCGAAAUGGAUUCAAUAUUUGUUUGUGAUCGUCAAUAUCAACACCAUGCAUUUUCGACAGCUCCUGCUAGUGAACGACUCGAUCGUUGUCUAUUUUACUUGGAUGAAAUUCAUACGCGAGGAACAGACUUUAAGUUUCCCAAUGAAUUUAGAGCAGCUGUUACUUUAGGUAAUGGUCUUACCAAAGAUCGAUUAGUUCAAGCAUGCAUGAGAAUGAGAAAAUUAGGUAAACAUCAUUGGUUGAGUUUCUGGAGUUCAAGCGAAGUUCAUCACCAAGUACAAACAUUGAAGAAAACUUCAGCUUUGUAUAAGGAAAAAGAAAACGUCAACGAUCAUAUUUCUUUGACUGAUAUUCUUCGUUGGGUAUAUGAAAAUACUCAACAGGCAAUAUGGGAUGGAUUACAUCAUUGGGCAACACAAAGCUUAAGUUUUCAGCAAAAAAAUUCUGCUUUUCGGAAUAUUGACUGGAAUAAUUAUCAGCAAAUUCUUACAAAUAUAAUGAUGGAAAAUUUAGCCAAAGCAAGUUUAGAAGCUGAAAUCUUAGAUUUAAAAACUAUGUAUGGUCAUGAGAAAAUAUUUCAAACAGUGUACGAGAUCUACUCGACUCGCUAUCAAUAUUCGAAUACUGGCUAUUCGACUGAAAUUCAUGAAGCAGUUUCAAAACGAUUGCUCGAUUAUGGCGGUUCGAAAAAACUUCUGACACAAUUAUUAGAUGAAGAACAGCAACGAGAACUAGAACGAGAACAAGAAACAGAAGAAGAACGACAACAAGUACGACCUAUAGCUGCCGUUCCAUGCGAGCCUAUAUUGCAUCAUGAAGUUAUGAACCUAUGUGAAACUCAAGGUCCAAUGUUGAACUUAUCACAUUUACCUAAUGUGUUUUGUCCUAUUGCCGAUGCUUUCAUAGGUAUGACAUUCUACCGUGAAAGCCAACCAGGUUGUUGGCAAGAAAAUCUAUGGAUUACUACUGAAUUCAAGCGGGUCAUUCAAACGAAAGGAGAAUCGUUAGAUCCAUUUCUACGUCCUCCACGUUGGGUACUCAUCUAUCGUAAUCAACAUAUCAUAUUCCUAAGUCCCUACGAAGCUAAUGAACUGAUGGAUCGCCUUCAAUAUCUUUACCAUAAAUCACCAUCUGAUAAAUUAAUGCAAACAACAUUACGUUUAUUGUUACCACGUACUAGACGAGAUCAAUCGAUACUGUUCAAUACACGAACUCUUACGAUUCCUCCGUUGAUUUCAUUUGGUCCUGAAAUUCUUGACUAUUCGAUUCCAAUUGAACUUUUGGUAGCAUUAUUUGCAUUUAAUGGAACGAUCUACUUUGAAAAUAAGCGAGAACAAGAUGCUUAUUGUAAAUUUCUUGGUCUAUGUUUGAAACCUCGAAACGAGAUCGAAACCAAUGCUUUUGACAAUGGUUGGAUUAAUAUUGAUGGCUUUGUGGAAAACUUAGAUCAUCGGCAACAAUUACAACUUCAUCAAUGCCGUUUCUCAUCCAAUCCGUUAAGUUUCAUCAGGAAAUUGAUUGAAAAUCGUAAUCAGGCACACGCACCACUUUCAUCGCAUGUUGAAAGUAUUAUCAUAAACGCUAUCAAAUUACCGAUCGAAUGA